AUAAUCGCUUGCCAGUGUUGCUCUGAGUACUUGAUAAUCAACAAUCAAUUGAUAGACAUCGAUGCAUCGACCUAUCGAGCUGCACAUGCUUCAGUCAUUUGUAUUUCGUACAAAAAAUGGUUAAAAAAAUUAAAACUCUUGAUAAUCACAAAAUAAGCGUGUAUGAGAAAAACAAGUGGUUUUCAAAAAGUGUAGAAUUUUAAAAUUUCGUUGUGAUUGAAAAAGUGUCGUUAAGCAAAUACAAAGAAAUACUUAAGUACGCAUGUAAAUUGUGAAAAUUAUUAACAUUUUGCUGCGUAAUUGUUGCUGACUACAAGUUGAAACAACCAAUUGAAAUGGAUAAAGAUAGUUUUAAAGUACCGCACGGAGUGGUCAAUUCAAACCACGCUAGAAACGACCAACCAAAAGACAACAGCAACAAUAAUGCGAUGCCCUCGCAGUCGCCGUCGUCGUCAACGCAGGCGUCGCCUUCGACACAGCCUAAAAGAAUUAUCAAUAAAAUUCCAUUGGAUUUCACAAAAUUAAAACAGGCUGGCUUAGACAGAAAGCUGGCGGAAGCAUUGAGCAAACAACAAAAUUUGUCAGCGGUAAAGAAAAUUGCAUCAGCAACAACAACGUUGUCGCCGUCGCCAAGCUCUGCUUCCGUCACUGCCGCUGCCUCUGCUACAACACUAACAGCGACGGCGACAGCAUCCUCAAUACAAAAGCAAAAGCAACGUGAUCGCCCACCUGCUAUUUUGCCUACUAGAAAGAAGCAAACGUCGAAUUUAGUUGCUGUGGACGAACAAUCGUUGCAGAUAAAAGCGAUGAUUAAGAAUAAAAUACUUAACAAGAUGACUAAAAAUCAUGAAGCAAACGCAACAACAACCACGACAACGACACCAGCAACUCCGGAAGUUAACACGAACGCAGCAAGGAGUUUUACUUCGCCCAUCGCAAAAGCGGAUGUGACUGCGCGUCCUAAGCUGCUGCUCAACUUGGUUAAUCAAUUGCCCAAGCAUCGGGCAAUGUGCGGUGUCAGUCGACAGGCACGUCAACAGCCAACACCAACCACAUCUCAACCAAUGACAUCGUUAUCACCAUCACCAUCGCCAUCCACACCACAGCCUAAGCAACAACAGCCAGUUUCUCCGCCAGUUCCAACUUCGAAACCAUUGAUUGUGCUGGAGAACAAGGUGUUGGCGCCCAACGAAAAAAUCGAUCUCAAUGAUCUGCGACUGUCCAAAGGAGCGCCUAUUGCGCUGCCGCCAAAGGUCGUGAAUGCCCCGGAAUCGGAGAGUGUCAAGAGUGCGCCGCGCAUUUUGCAAUUGCCUGGCUCGGGUGCCAAGAAGGUCAUCUUGAAUGCCCAUAAGCUGAAAAUGUCGCGUGAGCAAAUCUCUCAAUUGGCCAAGCAGAUUAGCAAACAGGCGGAACAACAUCCAGUUGCCAAGCCCAAAGCAGAUGCACCUCCAAUUCUACAAGACAUCCCUGCAGCGAUAGAACAACAGACGUCGCUGAUAUCGCCGGUCGUCGAAGAAACUGAAGGUAAGAGGAGGGCUAGGCCUUCGUUAAAUGCGCAAUCUUCUUCAUCAGAUGCAGCUUCAAUUUCAAGCAUUAUUCAAGACAUCCCUGCACCCUUAGAGCUGCAGACAUCGUUGAUAUCACCAGUCGGUGAAGAAACUCCAGCUAAGUGGAAAGACAAGCCCUCAUUAGAUCCACCCCCUAUGCCAUCACCAUCACUCUCCGCCGUGGAUUUUAUUGCACAGCUAAAGGCAAGCAACUCCAUCAACUACAUGGAUCUAUCAGCCGAGGAGAUGAGCAUGAAUGCUUUGUUUAUGGGUUGCGAAACUCCCACUUCUUCAGCAACUCCAGAAGCAUCGUUUUUAAAAGUUCUGAAGUCACCAUUUAUACCAACGCCUGCUUCAACUCCUGAACCAAGUUCAACACCCACAUUUCCAUCAACUUCUGCAUCAAUUCUUGAAACGAUUCCCGCACCAAGUUCUCCUGUUCUUUCAUCCUCUUCUGCCACGAUUUCUGAGGCAUGCAAUGCCGAGGAUGAACUGCCGAUUGGCAAGAUUUUGCAAAUGGAUGACAUGGAUAUUCUGCAUGCAACAAUGAAUGUGAAUGAUAACGAACCGAAUGUAUUGUGCAUUAGUCCAAAUGCAAUUAAACUGCAAACAAGUCUGUUGAUUGCAGAGCCAAUUAUGGAGACAGAUACCACAGUCUUAGAAAGCCAGAGCAGUUUAUCAACUACUUCAACAGAGGUGGUAACAACGCCUCAAGAGGAGCCCAAGAAGGUGGAGGAAAUGCCAACAACUCCAGUUGAGAAUAAAGAGGAAAAACCAACAAAUACGCGGCUGCCUUUUAGAUCCAAAAAGGGCAAAAUAAAUUUGGUGCAGCGUAAUAAAAAAGCUAGUGUUGCAAAAAAUACCAAUAUUAAACAAGCUGUAAAAAAGGUUGAGGAGGAGACUGAUGCAGCCGACGGAACAGAGAUGGAGAUUAAUGUUAAUUUUUCCGAGAAAAUGGAGGAGGAGGAACAAAUUGUAGGAAAACAUAAUAACAACAUAUUCGAAGAAGAAAAUGAAGAAAUUGCGCAUAAGAAAAGAAAAACUAAUAUUCAAAAUGCUAAUGAAAGCGAAGUAAUUGUUAAAAAUAAUAUUAAAAAAGCUAAUGAAAGCGAAGUAAUUGUAAAUAAUGUAGUUAAAGUUAAUGAGAAGAAAAUUACAGAAGUUGUAGAGGACCAAAGAGUAGAAAACACCAAAAUUAAUAUUGAAACAACUUCUGAAACCAGAAAAAACGAAGAAGUUGUUGAGCCUAACGAAAAAUUGGCAAAUAACGAAAUAAAUCAAGUUAAUUUAAAUUCAACCAUGGAAAGUAAUGAAUGUGCAGAGGAAACAAAUGCAGAAUGUUUAGAAAAAGCAGAGGAAAAGGAACCGAAUACAACGCUGAUCUCACCAAAGAAGGAGCUUAAUAAUUCUGUUCAAACGACUGAAGAAACGCCUUUAAAUGUCAACAGGGAAAAGAAUCUAUCGCAGCUAUAUCAUCCACCCAAAAUGACAAGGUCUAAGCAAAAGUUAAACAACACUGAUGUCAACAAAAGCGAGGAAAACCCAACAUCAUCCUUGUCUCUUAUGGAGGUGCUUUCCCAAGAGGAACCACAGCCUCAGGGAGAACCGCAGUUGCCAUUUCGUCAAGAAGCCGUAAAUUCAGCGAGCGUCGAAAAAGCGCCAACGGAAGCCAAGGGUAUUCAAAAUUUGUUGAAACACUUGGCAGCCGAAAAUGUUGUGCCUCUAAAUAAAGAGAGUAAGGAUAACAAGGAGACCAAGUCUGAGGAGCCGGCCAAAGCGCCCAGAAAGAAGCUGUUGAAAACAAGACCCGUGUUGAAUGCGAAAAGAGCAUCCAAGGUUGUGCCAUCAAAGACAGAAGCGUUGCAUCCGCGAAAGAGAGCUUUGCUAGUGGAAAAUAAAACGAAUGGAGCGCAUCGAACAUCAAGUACGAGCGAUGAUGAGAAUAUCAUGUUUCAUGGUUUCGAUGUAGAAGCUGGCACCAGUAAAAGUGUGUCGAGUUUAAGGCAUACUGGAACGGAUAUUAGUGACGAUGCCACGCCCGAUUACGAUGAGACGGAGGAGGAUCCGCAGCCAGAGUGCGAAUCGGUGGCCAAGAGACCAAGGACUGACCCGGCACCAGCCGAGAAGCAGCUUGAGGCAAUCCCCGAGCAGAUUGACAAGGAAAAGGCUGAAGAAAUCCCAGAGCAGAUCGACAAGAAGGUGAGCCAAACCUCUGAGCAGCUUGGUAGCGAAAAUGUUGAAUUAAUAUCAGAACAGAUCGAAGAGGAGGAGAGACAAAAGACCACAGAUCAGCUUAAUAGAGAUACGACUGAAAUUAUAACAGAGCACAUUGAUAAGGACAAGGAUGAAACAAGCAUAGAGCAAAAUGAUGAGAUCAAACAAAAAGUAUUUGACGAGCAAAACGACAAAGAUUCAGAGGAGAUGAAUAACUCGGAAGCUACAGCAAUUUCCGAACCCAUCGACAAGGAAGAGAUUGAAGUAAUUCAAGAACCAAUAGAGGACAGAAAGCUUAAAGCAAAACGAAACCAUCCAGUCAACAAGAAAAAACUGAAGGAUACACAAGAGAUUGCUAAGGCAGAAGUUGAAGCAGUUCUCGAUUCAAUAGAAGCAAUUACAGAGCCGAUCGACGAGAAUAAGCCUAAAAAAGAACCAAAGCCGACCAAGCAGAAAUCUAAGAAAUCUGUUAAAGAUCAAUUGAAUAAUGAAGCGAUAGAAACAAUCACACAGGCCGUUGAUCAAUCUCAACCAAUUUCAGAGGAACAAGUCCCUAAGCAGAUAGAUAAAGAAGUGCCGCAAGCAAUCCCAGAGCUUAACGAACUUCAAAUAAUCUCAGAGCCAAAUAAGCCUAAGCUAAAAGUUGUUCCAAAGCAGAAUAACAAGAGAAAGCAGAAGAAAACAGAGAAGAAACACGAUCAAACUCUAGAAAUAGACAAUCAGGUUCAACAAAUCCCAGAAGCAGAAAAAUCUGAAGGCAGACUUGAUAAAAACGAUACGGAAGAGCCCAAAGCAAGCGAACCACCAGAAGUAAUCUCAGAACCAGAAAAAAGCAAGCGGAAAGUAAGCCGAAAGUCUAAGGAAAGAGAAAAGCUUGAAGAGGAAAAACCAAGCACUUCUGGUGAGAAGCAAUCAGAGCUAGCUGAGACCCUAGUUGUCGAGCCAGCAGUCGCGAAAAACAGACGCCGUCAGCGAUCAAAAGUGCCAGAGUCUAGCCAAAUGGAAUGUGUACAAAAUAAGACUGAAGCAAAAGAAGCUGCAGCGCCUGCCACAAGAAAGCGCAAGCGGCAGAGUCAAGAUGUUAGAAAGUCGACGGAUUCCACGGAAGAUGCAACAAAAGCUGAAGUAGAAGAUGUGCCACUGGCAAAGCGAGCACGCAGAGGACGCCCAGCAAGAGUCACUCCAGUGUCCACGAACGCUGAGUUUCCAACUCCUACCGGACGUGGCCGUAAAAGCAAAACAGUUGCAGCAGAAGCUACAACUGAGGGUCACACAGAAUCCAAGCCGGAUAUUGUGUCUUCCACACCCAUUAAAGCAGAGACAACGAAGCGAAAUCGUCGUUCAAACAUCGCUACACCUGCAGUUUCUACAGAUUCGGAAAACGUGGAAUCGGAUUGCACAGCUAUUCUUUCAGUUACGACAGUCAACUCCACACCGGAAUGUGCACCUAAGAAAAGAGGUCGUAGGCCAAAGUUGUUUGACAUUUCAGCGCUUGACCAAACUCCAAAGGCUGAGGGAAUAAGAGAAAAUUAUGCCGAAGGGCUAACGUUCAAAUUCGAAGGUCCAGAUUACUGGCCAAAAUCAGUGGACAUAAAUUUACGCCUCUUUCUCAUACGCAACCGUGAGCAGCUGGAGACCGACGAAGAUCUACGAGAGGAUGGUCGUGGUGAGGGACCAGUACAGUGUGGACUGUGCUUUGUGCGUUGUGAGAAGGACCAAUGGAAGACUCAUCUCUCCGAACACUAUGGCGUUGGUUGGCCCAUUGACGCUAAGCCAUAUUACGUCACGCGGAGUCUUAUGCUGGCUCCGAUGAUGAGCUAUGCCAAGAGUGGACGUCGGCUAACUUGUCGCCUCUGUGGUCGAACGUUGGCUUCUGGUCUGGGCAUGUUGUUGCAUCUGGAGGGCUGUGGCGCCGUACAUCAACGUGUUCAAUGCGAUAUCUGCAAUAAUUUCUACGCCACAACGUUCAUCACCACCCAUGUGCGCCAUUGCCAAAUUCGUCAGGUAAAAAUGGAACCAGAAGCUGCCACGGAUACAACAACAGCUGAUGAGAGCACUCCGGUAUUCAGUAACGCGGGUCGCGCAAAGCGCAAGUCAACCAUCAAAGCUGAAACAAAGCUGCAGAAAAUGGCAGCGCAACUGGGAGAUGAGCAAAAGCGACAGAAGGGAGCUGAUUUUGAAAACGAUUCCUCGGAUUACGAUAUGAACGUCGAUAAGGAAUCAUCGGAAGAAUAUGAGUCUGAAGGUGUAGACUCCAAUGAGGAAGAUGAUCAAGCUAAUUCAAAAGGGGAAGAUUACGUAAAAGGCAAGAAAUCCCGCGACGUUGGAUUAGCUGCAAAUUCCUCACGCAUUUCUGCUGAAGUCCUGAAGUCGGAAGGCGAUUUAGCUGUGCGAUGGAAAUAUUUCAUUGCCAAAAACUAUUCCAACAAUCCGCUGUAUGCCAGUUUAUUACCCUAUUAUGAACAACUGUCUCAUGCCGAGGCCAUCAAACUGCUGCCCUCCAGGGAGUCGUCAUCAAUGCGCUAUGCCUAUGGCCAUAAGGUUCAUGACUGGCUGCGACUAGCGCCCUUGGAGGCUUUUAAUAAGGAAGAUGAAUUUGUGUGUCAUUUGGGCAAGCCUAUUAAAAAGCUCGCUUGGGUUCCCUUGCCCCCGUCCGUUGAAACGCAAUAUUUGUUGUGCUCUCAGCGUCCAAAGAUGCUUAGCUUUACGCGACAGUUUAAGGACAAACAGCAGGAUGAUCUGCUGUUGUUGAUGGAGUGCAAAGUGGCUGCGAGUGACAAACGGAAAGAAUGGCCUCUGCAAAUUCGUCUGCACUAUGGCAUACGUGUUCAGGAAACAGUAAACAGCUUCGAAUUUAUGCCAAGUGGUGGUUACGAUGAGUCCACUAAUCGAUUGGGUCUUUUAGCCGUAGGCAGUUCAGCAGGUGUGGUCAUUUAUGCGCUGCCGUUGCUGUUGACUAAGAGUAAGACUGUUCGUCAGGAUGAAAGUCCAGUAAUUGUAUUGGAGCCAGGCAUCACAUUAAGCCUUGAUAUAAAUAAUCCUGUGCGGGAUCCUUGUAGCAUAAUAUCCUGGUCUCAAGCAUCUGGACACAAGCUGCUGGUGACUGGAUAUGCUAGCGGAAACGUUGCCUUCUGGAAUAUGGACGAUGUGGACGGUCUCAAUUGCAUUGAGCAGAAUAACCAACGGCACUUACUGCCAGCACACUACUUUUAUUUCGGCGAACGCAGCAUACAAAACUUGGAACUGCAUUAUGAUACAAAAGGCGCACGGUGGCUGGCUGUUGGCACCGCUGUGCGUAAAUACUGCGUCUAUGACAUUGCCAAUUGGUCUCAUCCCUUAGCAAUACUUGGGGAUAUGAUUAUCAACUUGUUUCUGGGCAGCAUGAUCUGGUCUCCCUUGUGGAGUUCCUUAAUCAUUGGCUGCUCUCAGUUGACGAGAGCUCAAUUUCCCCGUUUGAUUUCCAUAAAUCCUUUGGAGAUGAUUAUCUCUCGUCAAAAGACACUGGAUGUGAUGAUGAACACCAUUCGCGAUAUGCAUUUCAACUAUGAUCAAAAUAUGGUCGCAUCGAUCUCGGACAACGGAGAUCUUGCUUUUAUCCAAGCUAAUGAGUUUUCAUCGGACUCUGCUUUAAGAAAACGAAAAAAGAAAAAUCCUUUCAUCGCCUGUGAGGCGAACUUUCUGGGUGAUGAUGUGGAGCCAAAGCACGUGAGCCCGGAAGUAUUUCAAAGAGAUUAUGGUCUUCUGCUUAGACCAAUCAGAUGUGGAGUGGAAAGGGACAAGGCUUCCAGUUACCAAGACCCGAAGCGAGAGCCCAGUUUUAGUAUGCGAAAUAUGAUUCGAUCUAAUUCGGUGCGUUGGAACUGGAAUAGUUCAGCAACGAACUGGGUAGCUGUCGGAGCUGAGCAUGGACUGUUGCGGAUCGUAAAAUACAAAACGGACAAUUAAGUCUAGGUCGUUAAAAUUAAUAUUGAGAUUUUUGUUUACACUAAUUAAGAAUGUUGAUUGCUUUCUAAGAUUAUAUAAAAAUUUAUUUGAAUAUAAUGAAAUAAUUUAUUAGAACUCGUUAUAUAAUACAAA